AAGACCACUAGACUGGUAAUGACACAGUCCAGCGAUCAGGGCCAGAGGGAAUAAAAAAACUCAGCUUUCACCUCCGUCUCCUUAUUUAAGCGGCGACGUCUGCACUGAUCCUCAGUCUACCUCAAGAUAGUGUCUGCUCCUCCGGCUGCGGGACGAUGAUGUGGACCGCUGCUCUCCUCACGGUGCUGCUGUCCUCCGUGGAUUCUGAUGACUACUGCUACAAUGAGCCACAUUGUGAUCCUUACGCUUGGGGAGACAUGUUCCCGUCGUGUCACCCUUUACUUGAAGAGCACCACUCUCCCAUUAAUCUGGACCAGCACACCACCAGGAAUAUGUCUCUGGGGCCUUUACACCUGGAGGGCUUCGAUGUGACCCAGCCCGGCCACUGGACACUGAAAAAUGACGGACACUCAGUCGUGCUGCAGGUCGGCAGUGGGAUGUCCGUGAGCGGCGGAGGUCUUCCAGAUGUGUACCACACCAUCCAGCUGCACUUCCACUGGGGAGGCCCGGCCACGAACGGCUCAGAGCACACGGUGGACGGACGCAGAUUCCCGAUGGAGUUGCACAUAGUCAACAUGAAGUCCAUCCAUCCCAAUCUCACAGUGGCCCUGGAUGAUCCGACGGGACUGGCUGUGCUGGGAUUCUUCAUUGACGUUGUUUACGCAGAGAACGUGCACUUUGGACACAUUUCACAAAAACUGUCCUCAGUGGCUUACAAAGGCCAGACGACCAAAGUCAAGCCGUUCCCGCUGAUGAGCCUCCUGCCGAAGCACAACAUGAGUCAGUAUUACCGCUACUACGGCAGCCUCACCACCCCCCCCUGCUCUCAAGUGGUCCUGUGGACUCUGUACGAAGUCCCCAUCUUCAUCUCGUGGUCUCAACUGGCUCAGUUCACCUCGCAGAUCUUCUCCACGGAGGAGGAUGCAGAGCAGGUGACGCCCCUGCAGAACAACUUCAGACACGUGCACCCCACCUUCAGCCGCACCAUCUCCGCAUCCAGAGACGCCAGACUCCUCGCAGGGACGGCCGGGCGUCCCCUCGGGUCUUCUGUGUCCCUGCAGCUGCUUCAGUUAGUUUUACUGGGGUGUUUCCUCUCUGCUCUUUAGCGCUGCCUCAAGCUCAAAUCAUAAAAACGUGACAAGAAGGGAUUCACAUUUUUUUCUGUGAUCAGAGAAACAUUUGAACCUGAGGUAGAGUUUACAGAUCUGUAGAGAUUGUCCAGCAAUGAAUACAUAUACAAAACUGAGGAAAAGUACUGUUAUCACUUAACUUUGCAUGAUUGUACCCUGCAUCACUAACACUUUAAAGUAAUGUGAAAGGAGCCCUGGUGCUAUUGAUAUGUGCAUUUAUGACUGUCGGCCUUUAUUUGCACUGUACAGGUGCUUAUUCUUACAAAUCUGGCAUAUUAUUUAGUUUUCAUUACUUUCUUUCAUUACUGACUUUGGGCCUGAGGUUGUUUGUAGGUCAACAUAUUGUAAAAUUAAAGCGCGCUAAUAGACUUUUACAUUUUUAUAAAACCUUUAAAACUUUCGUAUAUAUGACUCCCCCGCUAACAUGUUGAUUUCAUAAACUGUAUGUAAAGACGGAUGAUGCGUCUCCACUUCCUUCCACUCUCCAGAAGCCACUAACGCUGCCACCUUGCUCCAAUGACGCGAUCAGCGAGGUCCCUCCGAUACGAACACUCGACCAAUCACGAGUCAGUCUCAGCUGCCAACUAUCACAUUUCACCUGGUUUUUAUAUCAUCAAAUAACCAACUAAAGCAAAACGUCCUGCGAGCGCUAGCGAGGGGAACGCAGAUAAGAAGUGUUCAUUUGAUUUGAGUUGGUGCAUCUAACACAAAUUUCAGAGUUUUAUUUGAAAUGUUUCCUG